CCAAGGAAAGGAAAGGGUAACGCUCUGCCCGCGCCGCCGCCGCCGCCGCCGCUUCUUCCCGACGCCGAAACCCUCCUCGCACGCCCGGCCCGCCUCUCCUCCGGAUUCCAACCAAGUCCCCCGGAAUGGCCUCGACCUGCUUCCGCGCCGCCGCCCGCAUGGCCUCAUCCGCCUGCCGCUCGGCGUCCGCCCGCUCCAUCCCCUCCGCCGCGCGCCGCGGCGCCCCUCGUCUCUCCAGGCUGCCGGUGGAGCUCGGGUGCUGCGCCGGGUUGUCGCUGCUGCCGCUGCACAGCGCGGUGGCGGCGGCGAGGCUGACGUCGCGGCUGAGCACGGCGUCCCGGAGCUGCUGCGCGCUCUCUCAGGGCACAUGACUUGCUAGUUCUUGAAAGAUUUUACCAGGAGCUUGCUGUUUUGCUUCACAAUCAUCGAGAAUGAGUGCCUAAACAUGUAAUCAGGACUAGUAUCAUGUUUUUACCUAGAGUCUUAGCUGCCUGUGUCAAAGGAAAACCUGAUGGAAUAAAGUAACCUCAUUUCACAUGUUUUGUGCAAUAGUUGGCUGUUUAUUCAAGUCUAUUUGUCUGUGGGAGAUACUAAACAUUAUUUAUGCAAUUUUUGUAUGCAUAUGCUUUUAUUUAUAGAUCGUCUUGUUUACAUGGAUGCAUGUUUGCUUGAUAUUUUUGAACAAAGCGAGUUCUAUAAUAUGGU